AUGGCAUUCUUUGCUCAAGGCAAAUUCUCACCUUCGUCUCCAAACAUGCAAUGCAAUGCAAAUGCAUCGAGGGAUUCAACGCAAACCAGUCUGGCUCGUGAUCAAGCUGACAGCCGUUCUAUGCUCAGACAUUCUACAACUGCAGACUGUUGGCCUGAUUCGGCUUCUGCGGCGUCCCAUUAUGCUGUGAACCUCGAUUCCUGGAACGGCGACAGUCAGCUGCCUCGUCCGACAGCUCGCGUCACAGCUCGUUCUCAUACAUCUUCCAUCGGUCAACCUCUUCCGCUUCAACUCGACAGGUACACAGAAGCCGACAAGAGUGCCAUCGCAUAUCGUAUGCAACAACCAGAUGCGUGGAUCAAGGAGAAUGACUCACUGCGACAGCUCGGAGGCUGCGACAAGGAACCAUGGUCCCAAGAUCCGCGAACACCAAUGCCUUUACCCGCCUAUCACGCCUCACCAGCUCAUCAGAGGUUUGCUUCUGGAUCCUCCGGUGCCUACUCUGGUGCCUACAGCGAUCAUCGCAAUGUGCCACCAUCCGAGCCUGACUCGGACCUCAGCUCUGACUAUUCCGAAUUUUUUCAGAUUCCUGGUCUCUCUUUUCAGUCUACAUAUCCUUGCGAGACUAGAGAGCAAAGAUCAUUUAGCACCACCUAUUCUGAGCCCCAGAGACACCUGCCAGACUUUGUCGUGGAAGAGCUCAAGCGGCUCAAACUCGAAAACAUGGCUCUAAAGCGUAUGGCUCAAGAGGUUGUCAGAUACAACAACAGCCACGCCUCGGCCAUUGGCCAAGGUCCAGACCGGCACCCAACACAAUGUAGCCACCAUCCACUUCUGUCGACACCAAUCCGGCUGCAGCGCGUCCUCAACGGUGCAGAGCCGAUGCAGACGUACAGAGAAGACAGUCGCCCACCGAAUGCGGCCUCUACGCCGAGUGCGAAGCCUAGACAAAUGGGAGCCUCUGCGUCCAUGUGGGCUCCUGAAAGGCGUCGCGCUGAUUCUCUUAUUCAGACAGGCAGCAGCACACCUUCCCGUGAUGGCGUCGAGCCGGCACGGAGCAGUACCUACUCCGCUGCAGAGCUUAGUCGUUGCAUCGCUAUGAAUGACCAAAGUUUAUCAACAUUUCCGGGCCAUCAACGCAUGGUUGUCACUGAAAAUUCUCGUGCCGCAGAUCGACCCCAUCCCCUUUCGGCUAGAUCGACUCACAACUCGCCAGGCCCAGCAUCGACAGUGACGACACCGAAGCUCGAGGAUGCCCCAGCUUCGUCCCUCGUCGCCAUGGUUCUCGAUAAACGUGGACAAGAGGCGAGCUUGUUGCUUCAGCAGCAGCUGAAGAAUGCGAGCCCUGAACGCCAGGCCGAGAUUUUCGAUGCGAUCUGUGCUAGGAUUGUGCCCCUUUCACACGAUCGACAUGGCAAUUUUCUUGUUCAAAGCGCCAUCGAAGCACGAUGCGAGAUCGCCAGACACCUCAAAGGUGCUUUCGUCGAGCUCACCAUGUCUCAAUUUGGAUGCCAUGUGGUUCAGAAAGCUCUCGAGGGGGAAGAAGACAUUCGCGAAUCUGUCACCGAAGAGUUGCUCGGUUCUCGACUCGAUGAGACGCUGACCUCGCGCCACUCGAUCCACGUCUGGCAGCGCAUUCUCGAGACAGAAUGGAGUCGCGCUCCGUUUCGCGAAAAGAUCUUUGCGGCGAUCAACAGGCAGCUCAAGGGACGAUGGGCACAGACGGCGCGACAAGAGACGGGCAGUAUCAUUUGCCAAAACAUUUUCGAGUCCGCCCGGCCUGCAGAAAAGGCUCAGUGCGUUCACGAGGUACUGGAGCAGCUGGACGACUGCGCCACGAACCAGUGGGGUGUAUGGGUGGUGCAGCACAUCAUCGAACACGGCGACGAGGACGAACGCAGAGCGGCGCUUGAAGGUCUGGUCCGUUCGGCUGCCAAGCUUACUCUUUCCCUAUACGGCCAAAAGGCGGUGAUGAGCGGACUCAAGACGGGUGAUCGGCAGUUCAUGCAGGACUACGUCGAAGCCAUGUGUCACAGCUCGCAGCCGCGUCGACCACCUCUGAUUGAUGUAUGUCUGGCCCCGCACGGUAUCCAAAUUGUCACGCAGCUGUUGACUACGGUGGACCAAAAGACACGCGAUCGUAUUAUCUCGACGGUUCGGCGCAACUCGGUGUUCCUCAAGGGCAGCAAGACGGGUAUGAAGGUGCAUCAGUUGUGCGAGCGUGCACGCGCGUUUGCUGGAUAUUGA